GGAUCAAAUUUUCAGGGGGCGUGGCUAUGAAACAGGCCCAGACUCCUGGGUGAGGUCAGCAGGCCGGCUAGGUCAGACAAUGGGGGCGUGGCCGCCUCUAACGCUCCAGGAGUCCCGCGUGGGCUGGAGACGGAACUGUUUGGACGGUAACAGUCCUUGGACUGCCGGAGUCGGGGAGUCCGGUGACUGGACUGCGGUCUAACCCUUCAGCCGCCGGCCAUGUGGCAUCCGCUGGUCCUGCUGCUGCUGCUGCUCCCCUGCGCCCUGCUGCCCGCUUCGUCCGCGGCCCCCAUUGGCGACGGUGACACCCAAGAGAGCUCUUCGGAUUUCCUAGGCCUCCAGGGCCUUCUCCAAGGCUUCGGGCGACUCUUCCUGAAAGAUGACCUGCUGCGGGGUCUGGACAGCAUCUUCUCCUUCCUUAUGGACUCCCGGGGCCUCCCCAGAGAUUUCCACCAAGAGCAGGACCAGAAGCAGCGGGUGGGGAACAAGACCCUCUCCAGCCACCUCCAGAUUGACAAGGUGACUGACAACAAGACAGGAGAGGUGCUCAUCUCUGAGAAGGUGGUGGCCUCCAUGGAGCCAGAGGAAAGCCUGGAAGGUGACCAGGUUCCCAAGGAGGAGAAGGAAGCCCCAGUGCCCGCCAGAAACGCUAUGGGCAGCUUCCAUCUGGAAGCCCACCACCCAGCCUUCUGGAUCAUUAAGGUGCCUCGGAGGAAGUCCCACCAGGAUGCUCAAGAGGACGGUGGCUGGCUAAGGGAGAAGAAACACCGCCUGCAGGCCAUCAGGGAUGGGCUCCGAGAGGGCACCCACAAAGGUGUCCUUGAACAUGGGACCCAGGACUCCUCCUACUCCAGGCUGCCUACCCGAAAGACCCACUUCCUAUACAUCCUCAGGCCCUCCCACCAGCUAUAGAGGUGGGGAUGCCCAGCAUAGACUCCCCAGGCCCCACCCCCAGAACCACAUGGAAAUAAAGAGUUCUUACACCUAGCA